UUUCAGUUGUAUCUAUUUUGCGCAGUGUAUGGACAUGCUGAUGUCACUCAAUUGUUUUCAUAACAUGCUUGAUGUGAAAAAAAAAAACAGUGCCGGAUCCACAUUUCUUACUACGGAUUUUUCGUUCGAUUUUUGUAUCUAAUCAGUUAUUCGAAAAGACAGUGUUUAUCUAGAAUAUCGCACUUGGAUAGGUGGACCUGCUACAGGCUCUCCUGACCCUCGGGCGUGUCUUGAUUGCUAUUACGUGCUCCAUGACCUGGAAAACCUGCGUUCAGUAACUGCCUUUCACCAGAUGAGGACACAUUCAAAACAAACCGCGGUGAUCAAACGUUCGACGCAGUCGAUGAUCGAAGGUUCCAAUAGCGGUGUCAUCACCGUCGAGUGUUCCACUUGAAGCAAUCAACCUUCCACUUACGAUCUUAUUAAUAGAACAGUUCGCAACACGUGUACCUGUCCUUGAGAAACGCCCUGUCAGGGGAGGAACAAAACAAAAACGAACGAGUCCUCCAUUGGUGGCGCUCUGACAAGCCGGUCAAGUAAUCUCAAGAUGCAGUCAAAUUUCGAGGCUGGUGGGCUGACCCUGAUACGCCCUUUCCUUCUGAUGUAAUAUUUGCAAAUCUCAAGUGGUCAAAUUUUCGGCUUUUUUCAUAAGAGGUCGAUUUUGUUCGACGCACUUACUCCAAGGGCGGGUUCUGAACCAUGAAGAUGGCAAGACAUGUGCUUGGUUGUUUUAUUCUGAGCUUGGUGUUUAUUGUCCUGGUGCUUGCAGAACAAGAUGAUGAAACUCCAGAGAGCUCUGCAGCUGACGUUUCAAAUGGACGGUCCACGGAAACCUCACCGGGGCCGUGGUUUGACCGCAUCUUAGGUCUUAUACAUUCCAAAAACUUCAGAGGUGUGUACCAGAAGUAUCUGGAUAACAUGAAGCAACAAGACUCCGCUGAUGUAGCAACUGGUGAACUAGCGAGGCGCGACUUGGCCCCAGGCUCCGUUAGCAAGGUGUUCGUGAGAGACUCACCGCGUAAACGCCAUCAUCGUCAUCAUCAUCACCACCAUCAACGUCACCACGAUCAAAAGCCAAAGGUAAAGAAAUGGGUGAACUUGAAAGUUGUAAACCAAGUUGGAACACGAGUCAAGCUAAAAGCUGACAGGAUCCUUCCCAGUGCUGUACUAAGCAGCGGAGAAAUCUUCGUCUACCAUCAGCUCUUGAACGAAACUGACAGAAAGGCUAAGAUCACUCUGAAAGCAGUGGACGAGUACACAGACAAGCCGCUGAUCCUUAACGGAGAGAGUACGUUGAUUGUCACACCUACCACUUAUGACGACACACAAGAGGCCUACGUGUCACGAGAAGACUCAAGAAGUGGUAUCCUGCAUGCGAGACACGGACACAUUGUCAAGAGUCUAGGACCCGGUAACAGAUGGUUCUACGUGAAGCUUAUAAACCACGCAGGAGGACAUGUCAGGGUCAGUCCGGACCAGAUCCUCCCGGCCACCACGCUCGACGUUGAUGAAUCUCAAGUAGAGUACGCACGUCUUGAGCCUGGGGACGAGUACAAGAGGAUCGUCCUCAGGGCGGUAGAUGUGAAGAAUGACGAGCCACUUAAGUUAAACGGCGAGUUUACGCUGGCUCUAAGGCCUGAUGACGCAGGCGAUGUUGCAAGAGUGAAGAUCACUCGAGGAGAUACAAUUUAUGCUAAAUGCGACAACUUUGUUCCUAUGGAGGGAGAAGAUGGCAAGUUUGAGUACCAAAUAUCAACCGAUGAUACAAAGAGUUGGUUUGACUCUGUUAGGGCCUGCAAGCUCUGCGAUGCGGAGCUACUGAGUGUUCACACGCAUGAAGAAAACGACUUCAUCACGAAACAGCUGCGCAAGUCAUCUGAUGUGAACAAGCUGUGGAUUGGUAUGUCAUACAAGGAGAAAGUCAGAAUGUGGUCCUGGAUUGACGGUUCGCGAUACAGAUACCAGAAUUGGAAGGAAGGCCAGCACUACGACGGAAAAGACGAACAGUGCGGUAUAAUGUACCAGCGGUAUGACUGGGGAAGAUGGGAUGACGACAACUGUUAUAAGCCUCUGGGAUACAUCUGCAAAAGACAUCGAACAAGGAGUGCAGAUCAAUCAAAGGGCAAAAACGAUUCUUCGAAAGACAAGAGUGAGUGUCCAAACGUUUUACCAGAGUGCCCCUCCCUGUGUAGGAUUGUUAAGGUUCCCGGAUCUUGUCCUCAGUGCGACUGUGGGCCACUUGUCAAAGGUUAUGACACCAUGAGCGCAGCAGAACAAGCCAAAGUGCGGCGGGUGUUCUCCGAAGCCAACCACCAAGUGCUGGAGGCCAGGCGGGCGCAGAUCGAGGAAGCACACGCCAUACGCCGGUCCAGGAUCAUGCAGGAGGCAGGCCGCUUACUGGCAGAGUCACGUAAUCUUCAGCAGGUCGCCAUGCUAGAAGGAAUACCUCUGAAUCUUCCGCUUCAGCCAGCUCACCGAAGGCAGAUGAUAAUGAAGCCUGACAAAGGCGAGACCGAUAUAAACAAAACUAAGAACUUGGCUCAUGAGAUAGCAAGCUUGAUAAACGAUAUCGAGAAGACAGAGAAAGAGGAAAAGAGUAGCUAA